AUGAAGUGCUGGAGCUUGCCCGGCGCAUCUGCGGCAAUGGCCAUUGGUGUCGUCUUCUUCCUCUAUGCCAUUGUUCCACCAGCGGCCAUGGCCGCCGUUGUCGAACACACCUUUGUUGUGAGCCAGGUGAAAAUGACGCACUUAUGCAACGAGACGCUGGUAACUGUGGUGAACGGGCAGUUCCCGGGGCCGGCGAUAGAGGUCACAGAGGGAGACUCGGUGACCGUCCAUGUCGUCAACGAGUCACCCUACAACUUAACAAUCCACUGGCAUGGGGUGAAGCAGCGGCUCAACUGUUGGGCAGACGGGGUGCCAAUGAUCACCCAGUGCCCCAUUCUACCAAACCAGAACUUCACCUAUAGAUUCAAUGUUGCUGGACAGGAAGGCACAUUGUGGUGGCAUGCUCAUGUUUCCUUCCUCCGGGCUUCCGUGCACGGCGCCUUGAUCAUCCGGCCGAGACGUGGGGCCAGCUCGUACCCAUUUCCGAAGCCUUACAAGGAGAUCCCCAUCAUUAUAGGUGAGUGGUGGCAGAUGGACCUUGCGCGGGCAGACUGGGCAAUAGCUCACAGCGUCGAUGUUUACUUCGGUGCAUCGACGAUAAAUGGAAAGCUUGGAGAUCUUUACAACUGCUCCGGCGCCUUGGAAGAUGGAUACAUGCUAGAUGUGGAGCCUGGCAAAACCUACCUGCUAAGGAUAGUGAACGCUGCUCUCUUCGCCGAGUACUACCUGAAGAUCGCCGGACACAAGUUCACGGUGGUCGCCGCAGACGCCAACUACGUUAGCCCCUACACCACGGACGUCAUCGCCAUUGCACCCGGCGAGACGGUGGAUGCCCUUGUGGUCGCCGACGCAGCCCCCGGCAGAUACUACAUGGUAGCCCUGCCCAACCAGUCGCCGGAGCCGGACCCACAGAGCCCAGUGUUGAUCACCAGAGGAAUAUUGCAGUAUCGCAACGUACAAGAAGCACUAGGCGAUAGUUCAUCAAGUGAAAUGGCAGUGGCACCUGAGAUGCCUGACGAUCAAGACCUGCUGACAUCGUUCUACUUCCAUAGGAACCUGACCAGCCUACACCAUCCGCAGCGCCCGCUGGUGCCGACGCGAGUUGAUGAGCACUUGUUCAUCACACUCAGUCUGGGCUCCAUCUGCCGGCGAGGACAGUCCUGCAAGAGGGGUGGCAGCGAUGAGACCUUUACGGUGGCGACCAUGAACAACGUCUCCUUCCAGCAACCAGCGGUGGCGACGCCACUACUGGAGCUACACUACUACAACACCAACAGCAUGGACAUGCUGCAAGAUCUCCCGGACAAGCCGCCGAUGGUGUUCAACUACACCGACCAAGCCCUGAUCCCACCAGGACCCAAGGAGGCAAAGCUGGAGCCGACAUCGAAGGCGACAGUUGCAAGGCGUUUCAGGCAAGGCUCGGUGGUGGAGGUGGUGUUCCAGGGUACGGCGUUGUUGCAGAGUGAGUCGAACCCGAUGCACCUACACGGGCAUGAUGUGUUCGUGCUCGCUCAGGGGGAAGGCCUUUACGAUGCAGCAAGGGAUACGGCAUGGUACAAUCUUGUGAAUCCGCCCAUCAGGAACACUGUGCAUGUCCCAAGGCUUGGGUGGGUCGCUAUCCGCUUUGUUGCGGACAAUCCAGGGAUAUGGUACAUGCAUUGCCAUUUCGAGUUUCAUAUGACGAUGGGCAUGGUGGGAUUGUUCAUCGUAGAGGAUGGACCAACUGUGGACACAUCCCUCCCUGCACCUCCUGCGGAUUUUCCAUCAUGUGGCCAUAUCUAA